GCGGGUGCUCGCAGCUGGAGGAAAAGGAAAGGCUGGUGGCGGGAAGUUUUCACGCGAGUGCGGCUGAAAUCGAAAGACAUUUGGAUCUCCAGUUCAGUUUUAGAAUGGCAUCCAUUUCAGGUCUAACUGAAGAAUUGGAUUCUAUAACCAAUGAGCUACAUGCAGUAGACAUUCAAAUUCAGGAGCUUUUGGAAAGGCAACAAGAGCUUAUUCAGAAAAAGAACAUCUUAACAAGUCGAAUAAAGCAGCAUUUAGAGACUCCUGAUGCUGGGGAAAGCAGUGAAUGGAAUUCUUCACCUGCUGCUUGGAAUAAAGAAGAUUUUCCCUGGUCUGAUAAAGUUAAAGAUGUUCUGCAGAAUGUCUUUAAACUGCAGAAGUUCAGACUGCUUCAGCUUGAAACUAUUAAUGUAACAAUGUCUGGAAAGGAGGUAUUUCUUGUUAUGCCUACGGGAGGUGGAAAGAGCUUAUGCUACCAAUUACCAGCAUUAUGUUCAGACGGUUUUACCCUUGUGAUUUGCCCAUUGAUCUCUCUUAUGGAAGACCAGUUAAUGGUUUUAAAACAAUUAGGAAUUUCAGCUACCAUGUUAAAUGCUUCUAGUUCUAAGGAGCAUGUGAAAUGGGUUCAUGCUGAAAUGGUAAAUAAAAACUCCAAGCUGAAGCUAAUUUAUGUGACUCCAGAGAAAAUCGCAAAAAGCAAAAUGUUCAUGUCGAGACUAGAGAAAGCCUAUGAAGCGAGGAGAUUUACCCGGAUUGCUGUGGAUGAAGUUCACUGCUGUAGCCACUGGGGACAUGAUUUCAGACCCGAUUACAAGGCACUUGGUAUCUUGAAGCGGCAAUUCCCUAACACAGCACUAAUGGGGUUGACUGCAACCGCGACAAGUCAUGUUCUGAAGGAUGUCCAGAAAAUACUCUGUGUAGAAAAGUGUUUUACUUUCACAGCUUCUUUUAAUCGACCGAAUCUUUAUUAUGAGAUUCGGCAGAAGCCCUCCAACACGGAAGAUUUUAUUGAGGAUAUUGUAAAGCUUAUUAAUGGGAGAUACAAAGGGCAAUCAGGAAUCAUAUAUUGCUUUUCUCAGAAAGAUUCUGAGCAAGUUACAGUUAGUUUACAGAAACUGGGAAUUCACGCAGGUGCAUACCAUGCCAAUAUGGAACCAGAAGAUAAGACCGAUGUUCAUCGGAGAUGGUCAGCCAAUGAAAUUCAGGUAGUAGUGGCCACAGUUGCAUUUGGUAUGGGAAUUGAUAAACCAGAUGUGAGGUUUGUUAUCCAUCAUUCAAUGAGUAAAUCUAUUGAAAAUUAUUACCAAGAGAGUGGACGUGCAGGUCGAGAUGACUUGAAAGCAGACUGUAUUUUGUAUUAUGGCUUUGGAGAUAUAUUCAGAAUAAGUUCAAUGGUGGUGAUGGAGAACGUGGGACAACAGAAGCUUUAUGAAAUGGUGUCAUACUGUCAAAACAUAAGCAAGUGUCGCCGUGUAUUGAUAGCUCAACAUUUUGAUGAAGUGUGGAAUUCAGAAGCAUGCAACAAAAUGUGUGAUAAUUGUUGUAAAAACAUUUCAUGUGAAAGGAAGAAUGUCACAGCACACUGCAGAGAUCUAAUCAAGAUCCUGAAGCAGGCAGAGGACCUGAAUGAAAAGCUCACACCACUGAAACUGAUUGAUUCUUGGAUGGGAAAGGGUGCAGCAAAAUUGAGAGUGGCAGGUGUUGUUCCUCCCAAACUUCCUCGUGAAGACCUGGAGAAAAUUAUUGCACACCUUCUUCUACAGCAGUAUCUUAAAGAAGACUACAGUUUUACAGCAUAUGCUACCAUUUCAUAUUUGAAAAUAGGACCUAAAGCUAAUCUUCUGAAUAAUGAGGCACAUGUCAUAACCAUGCAAGUAAAGAAGCCCACAGAGACCUGUUUCAGGAUGGAAUCACCUCAAACUUGUCAUUCUUUUGAAGGAGCUGAUAAAAAAAGGGAAGAAAAAAAUUCAAGUAACUUCCAGAAGUCUGCAAACAUGCUUCAGCAGUCUAAGCAUACAGGGACUAAGAAGAGAAAAAUUGAUGAUGCAUGAAUGUUUCUAAAUUUUCCAAGAAAACGGUUUAUGCAUGCAUACAACAGUAUUUUGUAGUUAAAAGUUUAAGACAAUUUUAUUAAUAUUUUAUACAUAUGGAACUUAUAUCCAAAGUAUUAAAGACUUGAAAAUUCAAGAUCAUGAAUUAUGUAAAUUUACAGUAUGGAGAAAAAUAAUUUUUUUUUUUUUGGAGAAAAAUAAUUUUAAUGCAAAAUAUUUAAGAAGUGAGUUGGGGGAAAUUGGAGGGGGCACGAACCAUGAGAGACUGUGGACUCUGAGAAACAGGGUUUUGGAGGGGAGGGGAAUGGGGAGUUGGGAGGGUCUGGUGGUAGGUAUUAAGGAGGGCACGUAUUGCAUGGAGCAUUGGGUGUGGUGCAUAAACAAUGAAUUUUGGAACACUGAAAAAAAAUUAAAUUAAAAAAAAUAAAAUUAGAUUCCCCCUCUCAAAAAAAGAAUGAGUUCACAUAUCUUAAAUCCUUGAUCCCUUGACAUACCUUCUGAUAGCAGUGUUAUAUGGAAUAUUUUACAUAGGCCUAUCACAGAAAGGGAGUGAUUUCAGCUCCUAACAGCUGUAGAAUCCAAAUGUAAAAGGAAUAAGUUAUCAAUAAAAAUGAUAUUAGCAAGGAAGCUAUUGCUAUAUCUCUUAAGUAAAACAAAACAACAAACCUCUUGAAACCAUAUAACCCUUUCUGUCAUAACUAAAGAAUGAGGCGGGCAUCCCAGACCAAGAUAUUGGCUAAGUACAUAAUAACCUAGCUAAAUCUGCUCCAAGGCUAAAUCAGGAGUAACUUAUAUCCUUACAUAUAAAGUAGUCAGUUUUGUAUUGGAAAAAGUAACUUUAAAUUAUGUGAUCUUUGCAAUUUUAUUUAUAUUUUAAUGCUUUCCCACUGAAAUCAUUAUCACUUUUGUAUUCUUCAUUAAAUCAGUGCAUUUACCUUA